AUGCGGCUGGCAGCCAGGUACCAGUGCUACAAUAAGAUCUGGCACACCACAGGUGUUGUGCCCAAAGCCAUAGGAGUCAUGCUGGGGACAAGCCCAACCAUCUCCUUCAGUGCCUGCAUGUUCUCUCUUCUCUCCCUAGGCUCCACUGAGUGUGUUCUCCUGUCUGCCAUGGCCCAGGACUGCUACUUAGCCAUCUGCUGCCCGCUGAGGUCCAGCUCCCUGCUCAGCAGUGUCCUGUCUGCUGGGCUGGCACUCAGCUCCUGGCUGGGAGGCUUUCUGGCCAUCUCACUGCUGGCCUUGCUGACAUCCAGGCUGAUGGUCUGUUGGCCACAUCUCAUCAAUCAUUUCCUCUGCGAUAUCGAUUCCUGCCUUGCCCUCUCCUGCAGUGGCACGUGGCCUGUGGAGCUGGCAACCUUCCUUGUCUCCAUCCUAGUUGUGGUGGCUUCCUGUGUGCUCACCCUGCUCUCCUACCUGUACCUCAUCUCUUCCAUCCUGAGGAUCCAGUCAGCCCAUGGCCGCAAGACCUUUUCGACUUGCUCUGCCCAUCUCAGUGUUGUCUCCAUCUGGUUUGGCUCCGGCAUGUUCCUGUAUGUCAAGCCAUCAGCCCACAGCUUCCUGGACCUGAACCAGGUCCAGCACACCUUGAACACAGUUGUCACUCCUGUGCUGAACCCCUUCAUUUACACCCUCAGGAACCCCAAAGUGAAGCAAGCCUUGUGGAGGGCUUUACAGAAGAAAUGA